AUGCACGAUCAACAAUCCCAUGCAGUUAAUCGAAAUCGAGGACAUCGACGGCAUUCACGGCAAUCAAAUAUCUCCAAUGAGGAUAUCGCACGCCCAAAUGACGAUCAUAAUGAUCAACCAAAACGACCCUUACAUCGCUCCAAGGUAACAGUGGUCGGAGAUUCAAUGUUGAAAUAUCUAAAUCCAACUAAGCUUCGCCAAAAUCUAAGGAAAAGUGUGCUUGUCAGGACCUUUCCAGGAGCCAAAGUUACAGAUAUGAAGCACUAUGUUCAACCUACGCUAGCGACAUUUCCCGAGGCUUUGGUGCUACAUGUUGGCACAAAUUACCUUAGCCAGAAGACUACACAAAACGUACUUGAAGAACUAACCAGUCUGGGGCAAGCAAUUUCUGUGGAUUCGCCUGAAACAAAGUUAGUGAUCUCUGCAAUUAUAACCAGAGCUGAUAACCCAAAUUUAGCCACUAAAGUGAGUGAAAUAAAUGCUAAAUUAUCACAGGUGUGUAUUACUAAUAACUGGGGUUUUAUUUCCCAUGAGAAUAUUGAUGGAACUCAUUUGAACACGUCUGGAGUCCAUUUAAAUAGACAAGAAAACUGCCAUUAUGGCUCAAAACAUUAGAAAUUUUUUUAAGCAUUCCAAUAAACUUUUUACUUCAAGUUUAAUUACCGAUAUCAGCAACGAUUCUAUUAACGAACGGAUAUUUGAUGCUAGCUCUCCUUUACCAAAAUUACGGGGCUUUAAAAUUGCCCACCUAAAUAUUACUAGUUUAACGAAACAUUUCGACGAGCUUUUAAUUUACAUGCAAGAUAAACCUUUUGACAUUUUGACAUUAAACGAAACGCGGCUUGAUAAUAAUAUAUCAGACUCUGAAGUUAAGAUCUCUGGAUAUGAUAUUAUACGCCGUGAUAGAAAUAGAAAUGGCGGUGGCGUAGCAAUGUAUAUUCGAAGUAACAUAUCAUUAAUAAUAUAUAAUCGUAACGACUUGGUACCUGAAGUACUCGAACAAAUCUGUGUGGAAAUACUGAGUAAGCCUAAAAGUAAACCGUUUUUUGUUUCCUCAUGGUAUAGACCGCCCAAUUCGAAAAUUGAAAUGUUUCGUUCUUUUGAAGAAUUCCUUAAGCAAGCAGAGAUUGAAAACAAACAACUCAUUGUCACAGGGGAUUUAAACUGUAAUCUCUUAGAACAAGAAAGAAGUGCAUGUACGGCUAAAUUGCUAGAUAUAUUUUAUGUCUAUCUUUUGAAGCAGCACAUUCAAAGUCCUACUAGAGCAACUGCUAGGUCGCAAUCAUUAAUUGACGUAAUUAUUACUUCUAUUGAUGAUAACAAGAUAACAGAUUCUGGUGUAGUAGAACUAGGUAUUAGUGACCAUCAUUUAGUUUACAUGUGCCGCAAAGUCAGUAUCCCGAAAGAAACGCCGAAAAUUAUAUUCAGUACGCAGUUUAAAAAUUUUAAUGUUAAUCAAUUUAAGAAAGAUCUAAGAAAUAAUAUUAACACGAAUAUUAUAAUGGAUGAUCCGAACAUCUUGUGGCAUGAUUGGAAAACAAAGUCCUUAACUAUUGCACAAAAACAUGCGCCAAUGCGACAACGCCGGGUUAAAUGUGAUUAUAAACCAUGGCUUACAAACCAAAUUAAGAAAUUAUCCUACCAUAGAGAUUUCCUUAAAAAACAAGCUGUUAAAUUUAGAUCUGCAGCAUAUGAUGCUGCUUAUAAAAGGCAUAAGAAUUAUGUUAACAAACUAAUAAAAACCACUAAGGAAGACUACUUUAAAACGAAGCUUGGUAAUGCAAAAAACAGUUAUGACAGUUGGCAGGCAAUUAACAGUUUGCUAAAUAAAAGAUCUAAGACUACAGAAAUUCCUGAGUUACAAAUUGAAAAUCGAUCUGUCAAAGGAGAUGAAAAUAUUGCUUCUUGCUUCAAUGAUUAUUUUUCUACAAUAGGAUCAAAACUUGCUAGUAAUGUGACCGGUAUAGAUUCCGAUCCAUUGCGCUUCGUACCACCUGUUGCGAAUACAUUUUACUUUCAAAAUAUUAGUGCUCUAGAAUUGACGAAAACAAUAGCUCAAAUUUAGAUAAAAAAAAGUCACCUGGGAUUGACGGUAUAAGUGCCAAGCUAUUGAAAGACGCCGGAGAUACAAUAAAUGAGUCAUUGGUUAGCAUUUUCAACUUAUCAUUGCAAUCUGGAAUAUUUCCUGACGACUAGAAAUUAGAUAGGGUAACGCCAAUUUAUAAGGAUGGCUCGAAAACAGAAUGUGGCAAUUAUCGACCAAUUUCUGUAAUAUCUAUUGUUGCCAAAAUAUUCGAAAAACUAGUAUGUAGUCAAUUAAGAUCCUUUAUGAAGGAAAAUAACAUCAUUAUAGACGAUCAGUCUGGGUUCCGUCAGUAUCACUCUACUGAAACGACACUAUUAGAUUCAACAAAUGAAUGGCUUGGCAACAUGGAUAAAGGUCUAAUUAACGGGGUAUUGUUCCUGGAUCUAAAAAAGGCAUUCGAUACGGUUAAUCACAAAAUAUUACUUUCUAAUUUAGAGAUGUAUGGAAUAAGAGGGCACAGUUUAGAUUGGUUCAGAUCUUAUUUUAUGAAUAGAAAACAGGUCUGUGCAAUUAAUGGUAAACUUUCUGAUGAGAAAGAAAUUCACUGCGGGGUCCCACAGGGAUCGAAUCUUGGCCCCUUCUUGUUCCUUUUGUACAUUAAUGAUUUGCCUAAUUGCCUUGAAACAACUAAGGCCAGAUUAUUUGCUGACGAUACAACUCUUUCAGCAACAGGAUCAACCGUAGACGAAAUUGAAACAAAACUAAAUCAUGACCUUGUAAAUGUGGAUCAAUGGCUCGUUGCAAACAAACUAACCUUAAAUGAGGGCAAGACGGAAUUUAUAAUAAUAGGCUCAAGGCAACGAGUGCCAUCUUUCGAACAUGGUCCCUUAAUUAAACUUGGUGACAAAGUAAUUAAGCGUGUACCACAUAAAAAGACACUUGGUGUUAUCUUAGAUGAACAACUUAAGUGGGACAAACAUAACGAGGAACAAAGUAAAACAAUUCGUUGUGUUCCCAGACAUGUUCUGGAGAAAAUGUAUAACGCUUUUAUAAUUCCUAAUAGACACUUCCCGAAUUUGCUUGAGUGCACACGAAACAAUAGCUUGGAAUCGAGGCGGACAAUGUAAUCCAUUGGAAAACUAUACUUAUUUCCAAUGGAUUACAUUGUCCGCCUCGAUUCCAAGCUAUUGUUUCGUGUGCACUCAAGCAAAUUCGGGAAGUGUCUAUUUUUACUAUUGUUCGACUGUGUGGCAUGACGGAAGUAAAAACAAAUUAACUAAAAUGUCUAAACUUCAAAAGAAAGCGGCACGCGUAAUUACCGGUGAUUCCUAUGAUAUUCGAUCUAACGAAGUAUUUCAAAAACUUAACUGGUUACCAAUGAGCACAUAUUUACAAACUCGAGAGAACAUAGCUACUUUCAAGGCAUUAAUCGGAAAUUCGCCUCCAUAUCUUACUAAAUUAUUUAAUCGUUGCUCGAAUGAAACAUAUAAUUUGAGAAGUAAUUUUGACCAACUGUCAUUUUUUCCUAUAGAGCGGCAAAAUCGUGGAACAACCUUCCCUUAACUUUAACGCAAAACAUCGGUAAUAAAACAGCGAAUGUAUUAAAGACAUUGCUCAUCAAUCACUAUGGUAACGACUAUAGUGAUUGACGAGUACCCCGUGUACGUGUACUUUAUAUGCCGUAAUAAUUAAGUAUUAUUGUACUAGUAAAGAUAAUUCGUAUACCUUGUUGUAUUAGUGACUGAGUAGUGUGAAGCUGAUGAGUAGUUAGGCUUCAUAAUUAUUAUUGUAAAUUUUUAUUGUGUACACGGCCCAUUGAAAACCAGCGAAUGCUGAAUGGCUACCGUGUUUAAAUAAUUUUAAUAAAACAAUAAACAAUAAAAGGUUGUUUUUGUUUAAAAAGGCAUAUGCUUGGUCAAAGACAACUUUUUCAAAAAAUUUUUAAACUACUGGACGGACUGAAAUAGGCCUAUAAUUAUUCAAAUCUAGUUUUGAAUCAUGUUCAUAAAUUGCUGAUACCCUGGCACACUUCCAGUCAGCGGGAAUAAUUCCCUUGCGAAUUACUAGAUUAAUAAUUAAGUAAAUGAAACCACAGUAGUGAAAUUAAUUAAUUUUAACUAGAAAAUACAUGCAUGCAGAAACCCUCGCCUUGCUGACAAAACCAUUGUAUUUUCCGAACAUGAAGUAUCUAAGUUGUCAUGGUAACACGAUAUUUUUUUAAGAAUAUUCUUGCAAAUGAAAAAUCGCCUAUAAAUAUCACUUUUAUUCACAAAAUUAUUAAUUUCCCAACAUAUAUCUGUUAGGUAUGUUAUUGUACGUAAUAUAAGCCUCGAUUUAAGGUAAAAUUCAAUCACAAACGCUUCACAAAGCGUUUUAAAGUCAUUCGAGUGUUCUUUAAUAUAAAACUAAACUGCCUUUUAAAAUGGCUUUAUCGAUAAACUUUGAGUUUGCAAUAUAAUGAUCUAACAUUCUCGCUUGCAAAUACCUUUGCUUUCUUAUUUAUUAAAAAAAAUCAAUAUAAUAAAAAAGGGAAUCAAUACUAAAGAUACACUGAAAUUAUACGCUGUCUUGUUUAGUUGUUUCAUAUACGCAAAGGCCGUCGGGUUUUAAAUCCAUUAUAAAAUCAAUAUUUAAAACAAACUUACCUUCGUUAACGUCGGCUCCCUUCUUUUCGCCGAUUCUUUCGCAGUUCCAUUCUCAGAGAGUUUUUGAAAUUUACAAAAUCUUGUAAAAAUGCGAGCAAAAAUGAAAUAUAUUUGCAAGAAAUUUAUCAAUCAUCAAAUCAACUCAAGAAAUGUUUGCUAUUUCGCUGUCGUCAUGCAGUCGUUAUAAUGCUAACUUUAAAUUGGACCAAUCAGUGUCCGCUAUUCGUGACAGUCCUCCAUAUUUUUGAGAUCAGUGAGGAUGACCACCCACCCAACACUGUUGGUGACCCACGCCCGCGAUAUUUGAUGAACUUUAGACUCCGCUAAUGCUUUCGUUUCCCCGUGUAUAAAUAGCCGGGGGGAAUUAGUACCCUCGCACGGCGCUUCGCGCCGUCGGCUCGGGGAUAAACGAACAGGAAUGUUAUCAAGACCGCUAGCCUUAGAAGUCGAUAAUUUAUAAAUUGGUCCAUCUAUUUGAGAUGGAGUAGCUUUAUGUAAUUUAAAAACUUUAUUACAUUGUGGAAUGUUAUAAGAGGCCGCACCAGUUGUUGGAAUUUGCGCUGCUAAUUUAGGUCCGAUUUCAGUGAAAUACUUAUUAAAAACAUUGCUAAUAGUUACUGGGUCAGUAAUUUCGAUUUCAUCUUGCAGGAUUUUUGGUAUAGUAGUCGAAUUUUUAGAUUUAGAAAGAAGACUGUUGAUACCAUUCCAAGUUUCUUUAGUUCGACCUACGUUGAGUUGAAACAAAGAAUUAUAAUAUUGUUUUUUUACUAUCUCUAAUAUUAUAGUUAACUAGAUUUUUAGCUGUUUUAAAAUUGACCCAAUCAUUUUCAUCAUUAGUAUAGACUGCUUUACGCUUUAAUCGAUCUCGUUCCCAUAUUAAUUUCUUGAUUUCUACAGAGAGCCAUGGGGCACAAUUUUUCCUUAUUCUUCUUUGUUUGACUGGAGCAUGCUUAUCAGCAACAUCAAUAAAUAGUUUUUUCCAAAUUUGCAAGCAUUUAUAGGAUCAUCUAAGGAAUAUAUGUAAUGCCAAGAAAUAGCAUCAAUGUCAUGCUUGAAUGAAGUUUCAUCAAAAUUUUUAUAACUGCGGGAUUCGAUAGUUAUAGGCUUAGAUUUAACACUAUAGAGUGUUUUCUGAUUGCAUAAAUUAAGUUAUGGUCGCUGAUACCUAGAACGUACUAUAACGCCCGCAGAAGUAAAGUUGUUCGGUUCAUUAGUAAGAAAGAGAUCGAUUAACGUGAAUGAGCUAUUUGUAACUCUAGUUGACUCCUUAAUAAGUUGAGUAUAUUGAUAUGACUCACUUAGUUCAAGUAAAUGUUUAGUAUUAUUAUCUGCAAUAGAUGCACUCAUGUUACAAUUUAAAUCACCAAUGAUAUUAUUUUCAAUACCAAGGAACUCGAUUUUAUCUAAAAUUACCUGAAGUUUGUCAAAGAGAUCCUUGCAAGAAUUAGGAGGUCUGUACCAGGUUGAUAUUAGAAAUGGUAUAACUUUAGGGUUACUGACCUCAACGCACAGAAACGCAAGGGCUUCAUCAUAAAGAUCAUUUCUGAGAUUAAAAUUAGUUGAAUUUCGGAUAUAUACAUAACUACACCGCCUCCGUGUCGUGUUCGAUCGUUUCUAACUAAAGUAUAUUUAUCAAUUGAUAUUUCAGAAUUACUAACAGUUUAAUCAAGACGAGUUUCGUUUAAGACCAGUAUAUCUAAAUAUUAUAAUUCCCUGUGCUAUUUGAUCUGGCGAGGCACUUUUAUUUAGAUCGUUUGUUCCAACAUGGAGAAUUAUUAAUCUUUAAAUUUUUCCCUAUGUCGCGUAUACAAAUAUGAGUAAUCUAAUUUGACUGCAAUAAAACUAAAAAUUGCCAUAUUUUCUCUGCUUUACUUUUUGUUGGAAACUCUUUUUCGCUCUUGCUGAGAAUCAUUUUGGUCAAUGUAUUAUUUCAUUAGCUAGAAGAUAAAGCGUUUAGAGAGUCUGACUUUCUGCAAAAUCGGUCGGACAAUAUUUUUGUAUUGAUUUCCCGUACGAUCGCGAGCGUGCAACUAUAUUUUUUUAAAUCAAGCUUCAUAAACACGUUAUCGUCGAGGUUUUGAUAUAAAACAUUGACCUAAACAAUUUGCAACAAGAGCAAAAAGAGUUUUCCAACAAAAACUUAAAAGCAGAGAAAAUAUAAUGGUAAUUUUUACGAGUACAAAUUAUUGUUAAUGGACGAUACUCAAUGCGCUAGACCUAAAAAUUAUAGAUUUAAAAUGUCUAUGUUAAGCCAACUCGAAAGCUAGUAUUGUCUCAACAAAGGAAGACUCUAUCACAGACUUUCAUUAUUUGCUUGCCAAACCCGUAGGCUACUGCACCCAGUAUCGUUUAUUAAUUAUUGUCCAAACCACUAUGUUUGACCUAUUCAUAACUAUAACAAUGAAACUAUAGUUAAACAUGGGCAGAUAUCCGAGUUAGCUUUAUCUGCCUAUAUCAUUCUUACUUGGAUUGCGAGCUGUAAAGACUGAUUUAAAGAGUCAGCGAUUUCCAUAGCAUUUUUCGGGUUUUUGUGGAUUGGUGAAAUGACUUGCUCCGGUCCUUAUAAUUCUUCAACAAACCUUUGCCGAUCAGAUGUAAGUUUUCAUAACAAAAAACGUGGGGAUAACGAGGUUUUUCUGCAACUACGAAUUAAAGCGUCAAAAACCGAUCCGUUUCGAGCCUCAGCCACAAUAACCAUUGGCAGCAAUUCUGGUAUAUAUUGUCCAGUAAGGGCCCUUCAAACCUACCUUUCACGUGCGCCAACGGACUAUGCGGGACCAUUGUUUUGCUACUCAAACGGUGUUCCUUUAUCACGUAGUCAAUUUACUAAGGAACUACGAACACUUUUGGCCCAAGGUGGUCAUCACCCUGCUCACUAUGCAGGCCACAGCUUUAGAAUCGGAGCGGCUACCACAGCUGCGUCCCAAGGUUUGCCUCAUUGGCUUAUUCAAACGCUAGGAAGACCGUCUUCCGAUUGUUACCUCAGAUAUAUUCGCACGCCAAUCAAUGUCCUUACAGACGUUUCAAAACGAUUGAUUGCAGAGUGAGAUAAACACUCGAUCGUUGUUUGUCGGUCUAUGGGGAUCACACACACUAUCGUUGUGUGAUUGUGGAAGCAAUUGCUCUAGUAUGAGGUCGCAAUUUUACCAUAGACCUCACGUUUUCUUUACGGAAUUUGGCAACCUGGCAUACAGCCAAUUCCCAUUUACAAAAAUCACUCUAUUUCUGCAUAUGAGUAUAUGUGCUGAGCCAGAUCAGUGUUCUAAGAAAUAUUUCCCUGAUCAUUUUUUCCCAGGGCCCAGCUUUGACUUUCUUAUUGACUUUGACUUUAUUAAAAACGGUACUAUUUCACCAAGAUAUUUACAAAAAUUAAGACGGGUGAUCUUCCAAUAGGCCGUAUAUAGCUAUACUAAUUACACAUAUACUACAGUAUCUAAUAAUAAUAACUAAAUUACACACAAAUUACACACUUACAGUUAGACUAUUUUUAAAUGUAGAGAUACUUGUUUUAGCUUUUAUGUCAGCAGACAGAUUAUUCCAAGUCUCAGCUCCUCGAUAGGCGAAAGACUUUUUCAUAAAAUUAGUUUUAGGUUUAGGUAAUGCAAAAUUGAAUUCGCUCUGUCUUGUAUUGUAACUAUGUAUUUCAUUUGAGGUGAUGAAAAGUUCCGUUAAGCAAUUUGGUAACAUGUUAUGUUUGGCUUUGAAUAUUAGGACGGCUAAAUGAUGAUUUCUUCUAGUCACGAGAUUUGGAAAACCGACCUUGUUCAAAACAUCGAUUGUACGUGUAUCAUAGUUUUCACGAGUUAUUAUUCGAAAUGCUCUAUUUUGAAGCUUCUGGAGUUUAUCAGAUAGUACUUUACCCAGACAACCCCAAAUCUGUGAGGAAUAGUCGAAAUGUGGUUGAAUUAUUGAUAAAUAAAUUUUGAUCAGUGUUUGGUAAUCUAGAAUGUCUCUCAAUCUUUUAAGGAUACUGAGACCUAAAUUAACCUUUUUUGUAAUUUGAUCAACUUGAGCAUUCCAUGAGAGUGUUUCGUCAAUCAUUAAGCCGAGUGAUUUGGUCGUUUUGACUCUAUUAAUUUCUCUGUCUUUUAUGAAUAUAUUAGGCGUUAUGUUAAUAUGAUUGACUCUUCUAUUACUACCUAUUAUCAUGUAUUCUGUCUUCGUUUUGUUUAAAGUUAGUUUAUUUGCUGACAACCAAACUGAAACGUUUUCUAGAUCUUGAUUAAGUUCCUCAGCAAUUGUAUUAACAUCAUAACCUGCCGUUUCAAUUUGGGUAUCGUCGGCAAACAUAUUGACUUUAGUGUGUUCCAGACAAUUAG